GAUUGAGGCUACUGCUAUGUGGGUGGAAGAGAGCUUCACGAAUUUCGAGUUGGGUAUCAACUGGCGGUCGUACGUGGUGUGCGACGUGGCAUACAACGAUGUCAACAAUUGGUUGUGGACCCCAUUCAUCGAAAGAGGAGUGGCCAAUCGCAUGUACAUCGAAGUCAAGUUUAGUAUGAGGGAUUGCAAUCUGUUCCCCGGCAUGGCACUGUCCUGCAAAGAGACGUUCACUCUACUAUAUUACGAGUUCGACGCUGCCACCAAGGAGCCACCCCCCUGGGAGCCAGAAUCUUACAAACUGAUCGGCAGGAUCGCCGCAGACGAAGGAAGAUUCACUUCUAACGCGGAAGUCAUCAUCAACACCGAAAUAAGAAGCGUGCCAGUUACUAAGAAAGGGGUGUAUUUUGCAUUCAGAGACCAAGGUGCCUGUCUGUCUCUCAUUGCCAUCAAGGUUUACUACAUCACGUGCCCCGAAAUUUCCAACAGUUUCGCGUAUUUUCCCGAAACUCCGACAGGGAAGGAGGUGACAGCGAUAGUAACGGUAGAGGGACAGUGUGUGGCCAAUGCAGUGGUGGUCGAAACUCCGAGAUUACUGUGUAAAGGAGACGGAAAUUGGACUUUACCAUCGGGUGGUUGCAGUUGUAUGGCUGGAUAUGAACCGUUGGGUGAAAUCUGCGAAGAGAAUAAGAAGGGGGUGAGAACGAAAACAACUAAAGGCUGGGGCGAAUACAGUAAACCAAUUUAUACGAAAACAGGUCAAACUGUCGGUAGCACAGCAUUAAUCGGCGACGAGGAACAAGUUCAGGUACGCAUUAUAGCUGGUACUACUGUAGCAGUUACCAUGCUGAUCAUCGUCGUCAUAGUCAUGAUUGUGUUAUACGUCAGAAGAAAUAGUGACGAGUGUAACAAGAAGCAACCUAGCGACUGCGAUACGUUAGAAUAUAACAGAAACGGUGAAGUGUUACCUCCCGUGGAUUCUUUAGCUACUAACACACGAAUGAUGACGUACAUAGCCACCCCCGUGUACAGCUCGAGCAGGACAUACAUUGACCCCCACACUUACGAAGAUCCUAAUCAAGCAGUGUUGCAGUUUACAAAAGAAAUCGAUGCAUCCAAUAUUACAAUAGAGGCUAUUAUCGGGGGAGGUGAAUUUGGUGAUGUGUGUCGAGGAAGUCUGAAGAUUCCGGGGUGGAUGGACGUGACGGUUGCCAUUAAAACCCUUAAACCGGGUUCAUCAGAGAAAGCCAAGUUGGAUUUUUUAACAGAAGCCAGCAUAAUGGGACAGUUUGAUCACCCCAAUGUUAUAUAUCUGCAAGGUGUAGUCACUAAGUGCAAUCCUGUUAUGAUCGUAACGGAAUAUAUGGAAAAUGGAUCCUUGGAUACCUUCUUAAGGGUCAACGAAGGUAAAUUCCAAGUGCUGCAAUUAGUAGGGAUGCUCCGUGGCAUAGCAUCAGGGAUGCAAUACCUCUCCGAAAUGAAUUACGUGCAUAGGGAUCUUGCUGCGAGGAAUAUUCUAGUGAACGGAAGAUUUGCGUGUAAAAUAGCGGAUUUUGGAUUGUCUAGAGAACUAGACUAUGCAGUCGAAGGUACUUACACGACUCAGGGAGGUAAAAUUCCAAUACGAUGGACAGCACCAGAAGCUAUAGCAUUUAGGAAAUUCACUUCAGCUAGUGACGUUUGGAGUUACGGAAUCGUUAGUUGGGAGGUCAUGUCUUACGGAGAACGUCCAUAUUGGAAUUGGUCCAAUCAGGAUGUCAUCAAGUGCAUCGAGAAGGGUUACAGGCUACCUGCUCCUAUGGAUUGCCCGGAGGCAUUGUAUCAAUUAAUGUUAGAUUGUUGGCAAAAAGAUCGAUCGCACAGACCCACGUUUGCGAGUAUCGUCAUGACAAUCGAUCAACUUAUGCAACGUCCAGAUAUGCUUUGUAAACUAAUCAAAACCAGGCCAUCCGCUCCUGAUUUACCUUUCUACGAUUCAGUACCUGAAUGGUUGGAGAGUAUCAAAAUGGCGAGAUAUCUGGAAAAUUUUCAGCAAGCGGGUAUCGUAACAAUGGAUUCGGUAUCGAGAUUAACCGUUAUGGACUUAGCAGCAAUAGGUGUUACGUUAAUCGGGCAUCAAAAGAAGAUCCUGAAUAGUAUACACGCAUUGAGGGCCGAAGAACAGUGUGAAGGAUUAUUGGUGUAAUUUCCUUAGCAAAGUUUCACCACUUCACUGCCAUUUUGUUUGUCGAGCUUGUCAUUCCCUCAUCCACCAUGUCUGUGUAUUGUGGACUGAAAUUAUAGUCGCAGGUACCAUCACCUGUAAACAGAAAUCUAUCCUUGUAAGAGCUUUUUUUU